GUCCGUGAGGAAACAGUGCAGAGGGCCCUGAUUUAAGUGAUUUACCAGGACUUUUUUUUAUCAGUUUGGCAGUUUAAUUUAGUGUAAUUGGGACGAAAACGAAUCUCGGAAGAAUGAUUUACUUUUAGGGUUGGGUUAUAGGCAAAUGUUUAAGGUUUCUAAAUGCCUCGCAUUACGUACUGGUGAGUCAGACGUAUUCUGAUUACUUUAUUGUUUUCAAUUAGGGCUGUUCCACAUGCAGAAGUAUAGAAGCAGCCUCUGAAAGAAAGUGUGCUUGUCCAUAGAAGUAGCCUUGAAUUCUGUAAAAGCUCCAGGCUGUUCAGUAGGACACAAGCUGGACAUUUGAUGGGAUGCCACCUUGGGUUGAACCGACUGUUUCCUAUGGCGGGUGAUUUACUACCACAGGAAGGGGAAAUCUAGCUGAUGACGGUUGGGUCACUUCUCUGACCCUGAGCUUUUCCUUGGCAAUGCACUCUGAAGAGUGCGAGGGACUUGGGCAGAAUGUCUCGUUCUUCUACUCUCAGAGUAAGAAGAACAUCAGUGCACAGUGGAAGUCAAUUGACUUUGUAGUGGUUGGACUCGGAGUGCCUGUCUGCAUCCUGAUCAUCCUCGCCAACCUGAUGGUCAUGGUGGCCAUCAUCUUGAACCGCCGCUUCCACUUCCCCAUCUACUACUUGCUGGGGAACAUGGCAGCAGCUGACCUCUUCGCAGGCAUCUCCUACCUCAAUCUGAUAUUUCACACCGGCCCAUGGACCAUCGGGCUGUCCCAACAGCAGUGGUUCUUCCGCGGAGCCCUGAUAGAGAUGAGUUUGACGGCCUCUGUGGUCAACCUGCUGGCUGUGGCUUUAGAACGGCAUCAGACUAUCUUCACCAUGCAGCUGCACAGCACCAUGUCCAACCGCCGUGUGGUGUUGCUCAUUGUGGCUAUCUGGGCACUGGCUAUCAUCAUGGGCCUGGUGCCCACCAUGGGCUGGAACUGCGUGUGUCAGCUGGACCAGUGCUCUGCCGUGGCCCCACUUUAUUCCCGGAGCUUCCUGGUGUUCUGGGCCUUGCUCAAUCUUCUCACUUUCUUUAUCAUGGUAGCCAUCUACACUCGCAUUUUUGUCUAUGUUCGGCGGAAGAGCCAGAACAUGGCCCUGAGCUCUAUUCAGGUCACGAAUGGCGACACCCUUGUGGGCCUGAUGAAGACGGUCUCCAUGAUUCUGGGUGCCUUUGUGAUCUGCUGGACUCCGGGUUUGGUCAUUCUGUUGGUGGACGGGCUUAAGUGUACAGAAUGCCAUGUUCUGAAAUACGAGAAAUACUGCCUGGUCGUGGCCGAGUGCAACUCCCUGGUGAACCCCAUCAUCUACUCGUGCCGGGAUAAGGACAUGAGGACUACAUUCAAGCGCAUUCUGUGCUUCCUCUGCAGGCGAGGGAGGGAGCAGGAGGAUGACCCCUCCAACGUCCAGUGUGACACUUUGAAAAGAGAGUGUCUGCUGACGGAGAAAUGCUCAGAAAAUUACAACAACGCUCUGUGAGGAUCUCUCGUCUACUGUCCUUUACGAAACAAAUGCAAUCAUCGUUUAGUCUCGGGUACAUGUAGCACAUGUGACUUUGGAGCGCAUAACAGUUUUGUUCCCCAUCAUUUAACUGAAUUUGUUCUUGCUACUUCUGUUUUACGGAUGUAAGAAGAGUGUGAUGUGUUGGCUGACUUA